AUGGAACCAGCGCCGUCUACCUCACAUCCAUUCAAGGAGAUUGUAUCUCCGCUGAAGAAAAGAAAAAUGUCGCACUUUAGUGAUUCCGAGAAGCGUUCCCCGUUAAGUGAAUACCUGUUUCUGCCCUGGAUGGGGGCUACUCUACGCGGACUGGUUUUACGACAAGCUCCAACAACGGGGGCCUUAUUGUAUACGAUGUUCGUCGCCAAUGGGAACGUUAAUAUAUUAUUCACUACGGCAUUUAUCUUAUUGUUACUUUCAGAAUUGUUUAUAUGGCUGGAGAUCGUCAGGUUGGUGCUUAUGCGUUGGGAGUGUGGAAAACAAAUGAAGAUGUCCUCCGAAGUAAAUUGUGAAGUACAGACUCUCUGGAGUAAUGAUGAUGUGCCUAGCGUUGAAGUGCGAAAUUACGUUUAUUAG